GUAGAGGUUAAUAGCAGUUUGAGGAAACCUUCCAACAGUUUGUCACUUCUCAUUUCUCUCUCAUUUAGUUGGUGCUUUGAAAUCGAAAAGAAAAUUGUGUUUUUCUCAAAGAAAAAGUCUCUUUGAAUUGUGUUUUUGUACACCAGUCGGUGCCCUAUGAGCUGCCCCAACGCAUUCACCUGAAAUCACAACAUUCCAAGUGUGUUUAGAGCAGAAAAUCAAGAGAUAAUCGAGCGAGAAGAUGACAACGUAUGCUUCGACAAACAAUGGAAGGGAGGCUGAUUUUCAGAAAUUGGCCCAAACUAUUGCCACCAGUAUCCAAAAAAUCCUCCAGAAUGUCUCGUCUAUGCAGAGGAUGGUCAAUCAAUUUGGCACGGCACAGGAUUCUCCGGAACUCAAGCAACAGCUGCAUCAAAUUCGAACGUAUACACAGCAGUUGAUCACAGACACAGAUAAUUUGCUGAAGGAUCUCAGCAAUUGCAAGGACAGACAUUUGAAAAUCCAACGAGAUCGACUCGUGGAUGAAUUUACGUCUGCCCUGACGGCCUUUCAGGUGGUCCAGCGCAAGACGGUGGACUUUGAGAAGAAUGCAAUCCGUCAGGCACGAUCAACGGCUAUUGCCAAGCCGCCCGGAUCGCACUCGGGCAGUCACAAUUCCACAUCUUCCGGCCCCUUUGAGGAUAAUUUCGUGACUGGGAGUCGGGGUCAGACUCAGGCACAGAUGCAAGAGGAUAUUGAUUUGCAGGCGUUGGAGGAGCAGGAACGCAAUAUUCGGGAACUUGAGGAGAAUAUUGUGGGUGUGAAUGAGAUUUAUAAGAAAUUGGGAGCGAUGGUGUAUGAGCAGGGACAUGUGGUGGAUUCGAUUGAGGCAUCUGUAGAGCAGACAAGCGUCUUUGUGUCUGAGGGGGCUGAUAAUCUCAAGAAGGCCAGUCAAUAUCAGAACAAACUGCGAAAAAAGAAGUUAUUCAUAGCUCUUAUCUUGGCUGCAAUUGUUGCUGUUAUCAUUCUAUUGAUAGUUUGGAGUAAGUAGAUUUGAGGUUUGCAGGAGGAUAGAACGAGAGCACUUCUUUUUGUAUAUUUGUAUGGCUUCGGCGUUUGAGGAAUUAAAGCAAAAAAAAAACAAGUUAUCCAUAUAGGAAAAAAAUACUUAGAAUUGAUGAGCGUUAUUCAGAGAAAGAACAAAGUUAUUUGAAUUUCUUUCUGUCCAGGAGUAUAAAUACAUUAAAAAAAAAUAAAAUACUGAAUUAUUAAUUAGAAAUCUAUUGAAGCAUUAUUAAGAAUAUAAUUUAUAUAUCUGUAUUAUAUGUAGAUAAUCACAAUGAAAAAAAAAUAAGGGAGAAUUUCAAUUCAAAGAAAAGAAUGAUAUUUCGGAUUUUAAGAAUAAAGUCAACCUACUCUCAAA